AUAUUUCAAUGUUCAUCUGUGGUUUCCAGUUCACACUUUCUGUUAUUAUUUUCAAUAUUUUGUAUUUUUACUUUUCACAAGAGUUAAAGAAAAUAUUGUAUUAAGAGAUUGAAAUAAAGGAAGAUUUAAUGGAUUUUAAGUAAAAUAUUCAUAAAAUAAGUAACGAAAUGAUAAUUUUUUUUAUUCGUUUAAAUGGAGCACCAUCGUCAUUUAAUGCGUAGAAAGGAGGAGUAAUAAGAAGUAAGUAAGUGUGGCAGUGAAGGGAGAUGUCGCGAGAAGGCGAAGUCGAAGGAGCAGAGAAGGCACGGCUAGAAAGCAUAGCUAACGAGCUUAUGCAGGAGUGCAGGCAUAGCGCGCCUGGAGCUCGUCUUACUGCCCGAGUGCGCACUGCACUUGAAAGAUUGUCUCCAGUCCAACGACGCGAGGUUGUGUCUCGUACCCGCGAUGGCUGUGCCCCAUUGUUCGUCGCGUGCCGUAGGGGCAACGCUGAGUUAGCUGAGUAUCUUGUUCACGUGUGUGAUGCUCCUCUGGAGCAGCGCGGUGUCUAUGAAGUACCAGAUGAUCGUUCAGCGCACUCUGUCACGCCAUUGUGGUGCGCCGCCGUAGCCGGGCGGCUCGCUGCCCUCACAGUACUUGCCGAUGCGGGAGCCGACCUCAAUGCAGCCUCCGACUCGGGCUCUACGCCUGUACGCUCCGCUUGCUUCAUGACGCACUUGGACAUUGUAGAAUUUCUUGUGCAACGGGGCGCUGACGUUAACCGGCCCAACCAUCACGGAGGUACAUGCCUCAUUAACUCAGUUCAGUCAGCACGUCUUUGUGCCUAUCUAUUGCAGCACGGUGCGCGAGUCGACGCCUGUGAUACCCAGAACAAGACUGCCCUUCACUAUGCAAUCCAGGAGCACCGCGUUGAAACCGCGCGCCUGCUUCUACGCCAUGGUGCAUCGCCCCAUCUAACGUCGCGCGCUGGUGACGACGCUCUACGCUCUGCCUGCCUUAAAGGUGCCUCACAAAUUGUUGCGCUCCUACUGUCCACGGUACCGUACGAGACCGAGCGAUGCGCCGACGCGCACGAAUUGCUCGGUGCUACGCAGCUCGACGAGUUCAAUGACGUCGCCGCGGCUCUAGCGUCUUGGCGUCGGGCCACUGACAUCCGUUACGAGGUCGACGGCUACAUCGAGAAGCGGCCUUGGCUGCCGCAGGAACCAGACGGGGAAGCGCUUUGGGCGGUCGCCGGCGACGCUCUCGAAGGAGCCCACGAGUGGCGCACCCUAGAAGAACUCGAGGAGUUGGCAACCGAUGCGGAUUUGCUGCGAACGCAGGCGUUGCUGGUGGCUUCAAGGACACUAGGGCCCUCGCACAAGGACUGCAUGUUUCGGCUCAUGUAUCGAGGCGCAGCUUAUGCCGACGCCGGCCGGUAUCAGCGUUGUAUCGAUCUGUGGACCUGGGCGCUGCACGUGCGAAUCGUGCGCGACACGCUACUGCACGCAGACGCUUGUCAUACUGCCAGUGCCCUCACUCGCCUAUUGAUUGACGCGCAGGCGGGUCGUCUUGAGCGUGCCUUUCGUCUGCCGCGUCACGAGGACGUGGCGCGCGUAUUUGCACUCGUCGCGGAUCACCUACCGGAGUGCCGUCGCGCUUUGAACGCGAGACCGAUGCACAAAAAACAGGCGGAGACGUUUGAUCGUGCUCUGCGCUGCGUGACACACUUGCUACAUCUACUACUGGCGACAGCGCGCGAUGACCGGCAACUCGAGAGUACAGCGGCAGCCGCUCGGCGUCUGGUGGAGGCCGACAUACGCAGUGCUCACACAGGCGAUACUCUAUUGCAUCUGGUGGUUUCGCGGCUAAACGUGGUGCGGUCAACGUACUUCACGGACGAGGCGGGCGUUUUUCCCAGUGUGGAGGUGGCUAAACUACUGCUGGCGUGCGGUGCCAAUCCUCGUGUUCGCAACGAGGCACGAUCGACGGCGCUGCAUGUGGCGGCCAUUCCUUACAAUCAGUCUCUACAAAUGGUCGAGACGUUGUUAGCAGGCGGUGCACAUCUGGACCAGCCCAACAAGUUCGGCGACUCGGCGGGCGAGUUGCUGGCCUUGAGUGGUGGGGCACGAAUACGGACUCUGAUGCACACAACCCUGGCAUGUCUUGCAGCUCGCGCUCUGCUUGCGGCCGCACCGCCACCUCCACACUUGCCCGCUGCUCAAACGCUUUACGCCCAACUGCUGCCGCGCACCCUGCUCGAUUUUCUGGAUCUUCAUCGCCCCAUGCUACCGCCGUAGCUCAUUAUAAGUACCUUAUCAUUCAUAAGUAUGUAUGUAUAUAUUGUAUCUUGUAUAUUUGGAAAUAAUUAAAAGUUAAUCUAAUGGAAAAAAUCUUAUUUUUGCCUCGUUAACCGAGUUAGAUUUUAUGUAUGAAUACCUAAAAUAACCGUAUUGUAUAUUAUCAAAGACAAUAAAAGUAUUAGACUAGCUAUGUUAGAGUAAUAACAGAAGUAAAGUUGAAACCGAUUAUAACGUCAUCGUUUACAACGACCGAUCGGUUAUUACAGCCAGAUUGUAAGGUCCCGCCCGAAUCUCUAGUAAACUAUUCAGCAAACAUACCGUCUAUAACAACACCGGAUACAGCGACAUAUCGCUUACAACGAAGACAACUUUAUCCAUAUCAUCGACUGUAACGACCAACCGCUUCUUGUCCCAGGAAAACAAAAUAAUACGGAAGAUUUUAAAUCUUAUUGAUAAGCAUCAAAGGAAUAACUACGCACUUUCUCCCACCUCAUCCAAACCUCUUCCCGGCCAUUUGACAAAUUCUUGCAAAAGCUGAAAGUAACAAUCAUAACAAAAGUAAUAAUACAAAUAUCGGUUUACUUUCAAUAUUUAUUUGUGGUAGUAACUGGUAUAAGUUUAACAUUUCUAUAAAAAUAAUCUCAGUUCUUUUAAUAUAGCCUUUUAGCUGCACAAUAAACACGUAAUUUUAAAAAACUUGGCAGUGAUUGUUAUGUAUCACAGCUUUGGUCGGGAUCUGCAUUCAAUGCCCUCAUUACGUCUUUUAACGUCAAAAUAUUCUCAUAUCUCGUAGAAGGUUCAUGAUAUUGU